GACAAACUAAGUAACAAACAAAAGCAACAUGACCAGAUUGGUUUUUUCUUGACUUUUCUUCUCAACAAUCAGGAGCAAGAAAAGCUUUAAAAACUCGGUAGGGUUCAUUCAGAGAAAGAGAGAGAGAUAGCCAAAGAGAAAAACAAGACCCAAAAAAAUGACUACUUUGGGAGGCCUAAUAACCAUUCUUUCAAGCUUUCUGUGUCUGCUCCUUGUCUUAGCUUUCAUCAAGAUCCUUCACAAACUAUGGUGGACUCCGAUUCGCAUACAGAAGCUGGUGGCUUUGAAGGGGAUCAAAGGCCCUUCUUACAGAUUCAUCUAUGGAAAUACCAAAGAAAUCUCCAACAUGAAAAAGGAAGUCAUGGGCAGGCCUCACAUUUUAUCACACGACAUAUUUUCCGUAGUUCAACCUCACGUUCACUCGUGGACCAACAUAUAUGGGAAGAAUUAUCUUCAAUGGCAUGGUUCUCGAGCUCAGUUGGUCAUAACAGAACCUGAGUUGUGCAAAGAGAUACUGAAUAACAAAGACAGAGCUUAUCCGAAAAGAGAGCCCCCAAACAUUUCAAGGAAGCUAGUUGGAGAUGGCCUUGUGGCAACAAGCAAAGCUGAAAAAUGGGCAAAAUUGCGAAAGCUGGCCACCCAUGCUUUCCAUGGAGAGAGUUUAAAAAGUAUGAUUCCAGAUAUGGUAGCUAGUGCCGAGAUGAUGCUAGAAAGGUGGACAGUUUAUGAAGGAAAAGAGAUUGAGGUGUUUGAAGAGUUUAGAUUGUUCACUUCGGAAGUGAUUUCGAGAACAGCAUUUGGCAGCAGCUAUUCAGAAGGACAGGACAUAUUUGAAAUGUUGAGGAAGUUAGGCUUCCUAAUAUUCAAAAAUAUUCUCAAAUUCAGGGUUCCUGGCAUCAGUAAGCUCUUCAAAACCAGCGAUGAGAUCGAAUCGGACAAACUUGAGAAAGGAAUCAAUGCCUCCAUAAUAGAGAUGGUUAAGAAAAGAGAAAAGAAGACAAUGACUGGAGAAAACGACAGCUUUGGGAGUGAUUUUCUUGGAUUACUUCUGAAGGCUAAUCAUGAAGCCAAUGAGAACCAGAGGAUUUCGGUGCAGGAGAUAAUUGACGAGUGCAAGACGUUUUACUUUGCCGGACAAGAAACCGCUAAUACUUUGCUUGCUUGGACUGUCUUUCUUCUGGCACUCCUUAGACUAGGAAAGCUGAUUGUUCCUAGUAAUCUUGAAUUGGAUGUCUCAAUCCUAGCACUUCACCAUGAUCCUCAAAUCUGGGGACAAGAUGUGCAACUUUUCAAACCAGAGAGAUUCUCGGAAGGGGUUGCCAAAGCAACCAACAAUCAUGUAGGUGCAUUCAUACCCUUUUCAAUGGGACCUCGAAUUUGUGUGGGCUUAAACUUUGCGACAACAGAAGUGAAGAUUGCUUUGUCAAUGAUUCUACAACGUUACGCCUUCACCCUUUCCCUGGGUUAUGUCCACUCGCCCUUACAUCUUCUUACAGUUCGUCCACAACAUGGAGUACAGGUAAGGCUACAACCACUUUGAACUGCGAAGAUCAGGUCAGUAGCCCAUGAUUCUUGUACUUGGUGCAUAAAGUGGGCAUAACCCAUGUUGUGCCUAUGAAUGUUGCACUUUGAGACAAGACAGACAAGAGCUAACUUGUCAAUUAUCCUUUCAAGUUUACAAAGCGAUUGUUCUCUUUAGUUUUGCAGUAUUUUGCUGAGUCCAAAUUAUUCCUGUUUGUUUUUGUUUUCUGGGUAGAAUGAAAU